AAGAGAGAGAGAGAUGGGUGCGUCCUCUCUAUAAAUCCACCUCGUGUUGCUGCUCCCACACCCCCCCUCCUCGAUCAUCUCCUCCUCCCUACCAACAACCACCACCAUCCUCUUCUUGGCACUUGGCAUCAAGAGACACAUCCAGACGCCUCGAGUUGUAGCUAGCACCAGUGGCUCAGCUUGCCCAGUGCUGCUGCAUCGAUCAGUGGCAGUAGCUAGCUCAGCUCUAGCCUUUUGCCACCGACCGCUCCGAUCGAAUCCGGUGCUAGGCUAGCCAGCCUCCUCGCUCUUUAUAACCCCAGCCGCCAUUGGAGAGGGAGGGAGGGAGCUAGAGCUUUGUUCUUGUUCUUGCAUGCUGUUCUUGUUGAUCGAGUGAGAGAGGGGGAAGGAAGAAAGGAGGGAGGCACAUGCUUAUACCGUUCGUGCUGGAGUUCCUGAUCGAUGUCGCCUGUGAUCAGUGAGAUCCUCCUCUCGGGGUUUAUGAUCAACUCCACACUCCGGCGCCGCACCCAUCUCGUCCAGUCUUUCUCCGUCGUCUUCCUCUACUGGUUCUAUGUCUUCUCAUAAGCUACUCGCCAUCCAUUUCCCUCUCCUCCUCUCUCUCUAGCUUCCUUCUACAAUAAUCGAUCUCGUGUUCGUCGUCGUCGUUCUUGUCGAUCUCUGUGUGUGUUCUUCGUCGUCGUCGUGUUCGUUUUGGAUUUUGGUUUCAGUUUAGUAUAUGCACUUCUUGUUCUUCACUGCUGCUGCUGCUGCUAAGCUUGUAGCAAUCUAGUGGUGCUUGUUGUUCUUCUUCUCCCGAAAUCUUUGCGAUCGAUUGAUUGAUGGCAUCGUCAAGCGGGAGCGGGGGGAGCGCGGUGUCGGCGGCGACGGCGGCGGCGGGGGGGUCGUCGUCGGCGGCGGAGGAGGAGCUGAGGGCGCUUAUGGAGCAGCGGCGGGCGAAGAGGAUGCUGUCGAACAGGGAGUCGGCGCGGCGGUCGCGGAUGCGGAAGCAGCGCCACCUCGACGACCUCACCGCGCAGGUGGCGCACCUCCGCCGCGAGAACGCGCACGUCGCCACCGCGCUCGGCCUCACCACCCAGGGCCUCCUCGCCGUCGACGCCGAGAACGCCGUCCUCCGCACCCAGGCCGCCGAGCUCGCCGCGCGCCUCGCCUCCCUCAACGACAUCCUCUCCUGCAUCAACACCAACGGCGCCGCCGCCGCCGCCGCCGCCGCCCUCACCGUCGCCGCCGCCACCGACCCGCUCCUCGCCUUCGACUCCGCCGCCUUCGACGACCUCUUCAGAUCCUCCCCCGAGCUGUUCCAGCUUUGCUAGCUCAAACACUGAAGCUGAAGCUGCCAUGGCAGAGACCAAGAAGAAGAUGAAGAAAAUUACAGUACUUGCCACUGGGGGUAAGCAACUAAGCACUGCACCUAACGAAGCUAAGCUAGCUGCUAGGGCUAAUUAAUGGCCUAAUUAUCUUGUGUAAUUGGUAAAUCAAGUGAUGGUUAAGUUAAGCCUUCUGCAUGCAUCAUCAUCAUCAUGUACUCCAACUAUGUAAGGAUUAAUGAGGCAGUAAGCUUUCUGUUUCUCUGUCAAAACAAAUCAAGGAAGUGCAAUAUAUAAUUACUACUACUAUUACUCUCUC